AUGCACUUCACUCUCCUCAUCAGCGCUGGUCUGCUGCCAGCUUUGGUCCUUGCAGUUCCGCUCCAAAGCCGCCAGGCAGUUUGCUUUCCCUUCAAUUUGGUUUGCUCUGCAGACAAGAAGACUGUGAAUGGCCAGUGCGUCGAUGGGCGGACAUUUCCGGUGUUGAGUUGCAAGAGUCCCGACUGUUUCGGAACUCCACUCAGUAGCGGAGGGAGUGUUGCCGCUUGUGGGUCUGGCGGCAGCACAGUAGUCUUCGAUCCCUCUGGCGCAGGCGCCGGCUCUUCUGGCAUCGUCGACGUUCCCAAGGGUAGUACCUUUGGCAGUGUCGAGCAGUCCGGCAGCGGCUUCAGCGGAGGCACAUCUGGUGUUCUGGCUCGCUUCUGCUGCGUCAGUGAAGACGACUACCACCUCAACCAUCGUCAAGGCCACAUCCAUUGCAAAGCCAACAACCACAUCUGCCGCAAAGCCAGCCACCACCUCAACGACCACGACUUUGGUGAAGCCCACGACUGCAGCAAAGACGACAACCACCGCACAAAACACGACUACGGCAAAGCUACGUCUGCGACACCUGCGCCGCCGAAGGGUCCUCCCAAGCCGCCCACGUCAGAACAUGAAGACGACGACGACGAAGAAGAGGAGGAGGAAGAAGAUGACGGGUGUUAA